AUGGAAAGCCGUGCAGUAAACUUGUCUGAUAAAAUUGCUGUAGUAACUGGUUCUAACAAAGGUGUCGGCUUCGGCAUUGUCAAAGAAUUAUGCAAAAGAGGAGUUGGUGUGGUUUAUUUAACAUCGAGAGAUAUCAAUCGGGGUAAGGAAGCUAUAGAGAUUUUAGAAAAAGAAAAACUGCAUCCCAAAUUUCAUCAACUUGACGUAAGUAAUGAAGACAGUGUUAAAAGUUUUGCUGAAUAUAUCAAGAAAGAACAUAAUGGACUAGAUAUUCUGAUUAAUAACGCGGGCUUAACUGCAUCUGAUUUUCAUAAAACUACCUAUGAAGAUGCAAAAAGAGUUAUAGAUACAAAUUACUAUGGAGUUCUAUUAAUGCAAAAAUAUUUCUUUCCCAUUAUGAACGAAAAUGGACGAAUUAUAAAUGUGUCUAGCGUCUGGGGCCAUAUUAGAACGAAUAUAAAAAAUUCGUAUUGGAUUCAACAACUAACUAAAGAAAAUGUAAGUUUUGAUGACGUAAAUGCAUUUGUAACAUGGUUCCUGGAUUCCGUAAAAAAUGGCACAGUGAAAGAAGAGGAUUUCGUUUGUCACACUCUUCUUGCAUAUAGAGUGUCAAAGGUAGCUCUGUGUGCUCUUACUAAGAUACAACAAACAAUAGUUGGGAAGAAUAUUUCAGUGAAUUCCAUGCACCCUGGUUUUGUGCGUACUAAAAUGACCAAUGGAGCUGGGGAUAUGUCUACAGACGAUGCUAGUAUUAUACCUGUGUAUUUAGCUCUUGAUGCCGAUCAGUCUGUGAAGGGUAAAUAUAUUUGUAGUGAUAGAACUGAAGUGGACUGGGAAGAUUUUUGGGACCUUGAUAUAAUUAUCCCGUCUGAACUCUUCAAAUAUUAUUAUGUUGAUGCAGCUAAAAAUUAUAAUUUUCGGGAUCAUUAGCAGUCCUCUUUUAGAGUCUUGUCAAUGUUUGAGUAAAAUAUCAAAUAAAUACUAAUCUACAACUGCGUGAAACAUUCACACUGCUGUAGAACUGUGUAUAUGUUAUGCUACAUUAAAAAAUAUAUUUUUAUACCAACA